AUGGCGGAGAAAUUGGUUUAUGCUUGUAAGUGCAAUUUGUCUUGUAUUUUACGUAUUUAGAUCGAAGUGCAAACGGGUUGAAGAUUAGACGAGGACUAGAAAACGCAGAAGAUAUUCUUUCUCUCAAUUGGUAAGAGUUCGAAGAGAAAUGCACAAUUUAUUUUCUUUAGUUCAUCGAAGGACGAUGCAGUGUGUCGUUGCUUCCAGUUCAGCCCUAGCGGCAGGUUUUUUGCCUAUUGUGAUAAUAAAAGGUAAGGGUUUGCUUUGAAGAGUAACCUUGUGCGAUUUGUGUCUAGAAUAAUAUAAAAUUUAUAGGACUGUGUGUUACGAUGUUGUAUCAAAGAAAGAGAGGUUUGCCAUCGAAGGUCUUGGUCGAACAAUGAAGCUUACGUUUUCUCCGAACGAAAAUCUAUUGAUUACUUAUCAACAAUAUGCGAUCUAUGGAAUGAGGACAGGAGAAGAUGGGGUGAAAAGAGAGCCCGAGCCCAAUCUCAGAUUCUAUGAUAUCAGAGAUGGAAAGGAGGUGGCUGCUAAAAUCUGCAAAUCUCAAGCAAAUUGGAAACCUCAGUUUUCCACUGAUGAAAAGUUUUGCGUUUUAAAGGAGAACGGAUCUGAACUCCACUUUUAUGAAAACAACAAAUUUGGUAUGUUCUAUGACAACGUUUUAUGUAUGGAUUGAAAUUUUAGAUCGCUUCACGAGAAAAGGUGUAAUAAAAGGACUGGAAACCUUUGAAUUAGGCCCAGGCUUAGACCCUUCCCUGUGUUGUUUCAUUCCUUCAGUUGGUGUAAGUUUGUGUUUUCUUGACUUUAUAUUCUUUUAGGGUAAACCCGGUCUCAUCCAACUUCGUAAUCCUCAUGAUGAAUUAAGAGUCAUCACACAGAAAACCUCCUUUAAUUGUGAUGUCUGUUCUUUUAAUUGGAAUUCCAAGGGAAGCGCUGUUUUGGCUACAACGACUGUUGAGGUGGAUAAAACGAAUCAAUCUUACUAUGGUAUAAGUUGCCUGUAUUUGUUGACGAAGAUGGGGGAUAGUUUUCAAGUACAUUUGAAUAAGGAGGGUCCCCUUCAUUCGUUGGAAUGGUCUCCAAAUGGAAUGUCUUUCAUAGCCUGUUUCGGAUAUAUGCCUGCUAAGGUCAGUUUAUCAUACAUUUAUCGAUUGGGGAAACUAAAAUAAUUGUGCCUGCAUGGUGUUCCGAUGUUUUUUCGUUAGCGAUCGGUUUCCAAGAAAAAUGGAAAGUGGCCUGUUGAAUGUACCAACAAGAUUUUAAAUAUUUUAUAGAGUAAAUUUCCAUUAGUGUCAAAAAUUACCAAAACCAGGUGUUUUUUACUGUAAAAAUCUUUCAUUGAAGAAAGUUUUGGCAUUCAAGUUCGAAGCUGACAACUUCUUUCUUUGAAUUUAUCCGCUUUACAUAUACGAUUUUUUUGAUACAUUUCUCGACCUGUAACUCCAUACCCGAUAGAAGUACUUUCCUUAUAAAACGAAUCCUAUUGUACGCAAAAUCCUAAGACUCAACCGGGUUUUUGUCAUACAUACCCAGUAUUCCAUAUCUACGAUAUUCGACCGAGUUUCGGUACUUUUCAAAGUUUUUUGAUUUUUGUCAUGAACAUGACUGAAUUUCUGAACUGGGAUAUACCCCGUCUAAAAGUAGGUCCCAUCUCUUUCUGAAAGCAUAUAUAUUGUGCACAUUGGUUUUGGUUGAAAUUUUAAAAAAUUGUAAGGGCAUGCCCACAAUACGGACGGGCACGGGUUUUUUAGCUUUCCCAACCGUCGUUUUCCACAAUCGUCCCGUUCAACAUCUUAUCUACAUGUAGCAAUGUAUUUUUUCGGGUUUAGAUAUGCGUAUUCAAUCUCCGAGCGACUUCGAUCUGGUGUUUGGGUGAGAGUCACAAGAACGAAGUAUAUUAUAAUCCAUUCGGAUCUCUGCUGGCUGUUUGUGGAUUCGGAAAUUUGGCAGCGGGAAAGAUUGAGGUGUGGGAUGUGGAGAAGAAGACCGAAGUCGUUCAAAUGGAGGUUCCCAAUACUACUUAUUUCUCCUGGGCACCUGAUGGCCAACAUUUUAUGACGGCUACGACUUCCCCUCGCCUCCGGGUUGACAACAAUUUCAGGAUCUGGCAUUACACUGGGCAGCUAAAAUAUGAAUACUUGAGUGUUGAUAGCGAAAAAAAGGCCGUUGAAAUGGCUCAGGUAUGUACAUACCACACGAACAGUUUGUAUCUUUUACAGGUUGUUUUCAAGCCGGCGCCUGGUAUUUUCAACAAGUUCAAGAUCAUUGAACUGACUGAUGCCGAGCGUAGGAAGAUUGAGAACCGAAGAGUGACCAGCUCCAUCCCUGAUCAUAGCGUCACAUUCCUCAAGAAUGCCGGCGUAGUCUCUGAAGGCGGCCGAUAUGUUCCCCCUCAUCUCCGAAAGAGUAUUUUUAUAUUUUUGGUGUAUACUUCGCGAGAAAUGGUUUAACAAGUCAGCGGAUGCAAACAGAACCUUUUGCAAUCGUCCUCCUGUACUUGAAUACAGGUUAAUAAUUAGUUUUCGUUGAACUUUUAGUUGCAUUUUAGGAUUCAACGCGUUAAAUUGUUUUUGCUGUAGAACUGUCCUUCAAUGGUGAAAGUCUUACUAUAACUCUUUCCAGGAAUUAUAAAUUAUCCAUUUGCUCGUUUACCCAUGGAUUUAACUUGUAUUCAGGCAGAGUACGUCGAUUGCGAAAAGUUUUGGUUACAUCCGCUGAUGGGAGUCAAAACUUUUUCCCAUUUUUUAGGUUAUUUUUGAAUACCUUUUGCGCGGAGUAUAUAUGGACGAUGAUUUUUAAGUUUCGUCGCACAGGUCUGUCCUAACCCUGCAAGAACUUUUUACAAACAUAAAAUUGUGCAACGCGUUGUGUCAGAUUGCGCAACUUUGGACUAAAUUUGCAGGGUUCGGAUGGACUUGUGCGAUGCAAUUUUUAAAUCAUCGUCUAUAUAUUUAUUUCUUUAUAUCUCCAGGUAUCGAUCCUUCGCCACGUGCCAAUCAAAAUUCAUCUGGGCCUCGUGUGGAAUUGACGGCCAAUGAAAAACAAAUCCAAAAAUUGAAGAAGAAGAUCGAAGAUAUCAAAAAACUCAAACAAAAGACCGCCGAUGGGAUCAAGCUUGAAUUGAACCAGCGACAAAAACUCGACAAACUUCCCGAACUUGAGGCCGAACUCAAACAGUUGGAAAUGAAUGGAAGUUAA